AGAGACGGUGACAGAUACCGCUGACUGAAUAUCGUCUCCCUGGACAUAGCUAGAUGUGUGUUUAGCCAGAUACUUCCAACAUAAUGGAUUUCAACGUGAAGAAAUUAGCUUCGGAUGCUGGAGUGUUUUUCACACGAGCUGUACAGUUCACAGGGGAAAAGUUCGGACAGGUAGAGAAGACUGAGCUGGAUGCCCAUUUUGAGAAUCUGCUCAGCCGUGCCGAUUCCACAAAAAACUGGACAGAGAAAAUCUUCAGGCAGACAGAGGUUCUGCUGCAGCCCAACCCAAUUGACCACACUGGUGCCAGGAUUGAGGAGUUCCUGUAUGAGAAGCUUGACAGAACGGUUCCAUCCAGACCAAAUAAUGGAGAACUACUGGGUCAUUACAUGCAGGAUGCGGCUAAAGAUUUUGGACCUGGAACUCCAUAUGGUAGCACCCUGAUCAAGGUAGGUGACUGUGAGAGGAGACUAGGCGGUGCACAGAGAGAGUUCCUACAGACUUCCGCUAUCAGCUUCCUUGCCCCACUCAGGAACUUUCUGGAAGGAGACUGGAGGACCAUCUCAAAAGAGAGGCGUAUCCUGGAGAACCGCAGACUGGACCUGGACUCCAGUAAAGCACGACUGAAGAAAGCCAAACUAGCUGAGUCCAAGGCAGCGUGUGAGGGAGAAGCUGUGCCUGAUUUUCAGGAGACCAGACCCAGGAAUUAUGUCCUCUCUGCCAGUGCAUCUGCGCUCUGGAGUGAGGAAGUGGACAAAGCAGCGCAUGAACUUCGAGUGGCCCAGACAGAGUUUGACAGACAGGCAGAGGUCACACGACUCCUACUGGAGGGCAUCAGCAGUACACACGUGAACCACCUGCGCUGCCUGCAUGAGUUUGUGGAGGCACAGACAGCCUACUACAAGCAGUGUUACCUGCACAUGCAAGACCUGCAGAAAGAGCUGGGCAGUUCCAAUGGAGAUGUGUUUCCCAACGCGUUUUCUGGUAACCCGGGUCUCUCCAUGGCCUCCGGUGGCUCCUCUCCCCAGGGGAAUGCCACCCUACCCCAGGACACUGCCAGCGCUGUGGAGACAGACACACUGAAAAUCGAAGAGGUACAGGCCCCCGCCACGGGCACACGCAAGGCCAAGGUCCUGUACGACUAUGACGCUGCCGACACCAGUGAGCUCUCCCUACUGGCUGACGAGCUAAUCACAGUUUACACAGUGCCAGGCAUGGACUCUGACUGGCUCGUUGGCGAGAGAGGGAACCAGAAAGGGAGAGUGCCUGUCACAUACCUGGAGCUGCUCAGCUAAAGAAACUACACUCAAAGAAAUACAUGGACACACACAAACACACACACAUCAAUUGCACUCGCAUGCCUUCAAACAUGCAGACGUUGACGAAUUCAAACAAGCAAACACACCCACUGUACAUUCUGUACGCACCAGGACUGCAUGAAAUCAUUGGUAAUUAUGAAGGCAAAUGCGCUACAUUGAAUAUGGAGGAAUGGUUACCAUGACAACUUGGCUGAAAAUUCUGAAUUGUGAGAUGUUUAUAGAUUUUAAUUUCACCCUGCUUCUCACAGCAGGACAAUAAUCCUGCAGCUACAAGACAUGUAAAUGGUUAUGUGGAUUAUAAUUAAGGGACAUGUUUGUAGGGGCUGAUACAUUUUUUUCAAUAGGGCAAAUCAAGUCUGACAUUUUUUAAGUGGAAAUUACAAACCUUAGAAGCCUUUUUAAACCUUGAAUACACUACAAUUUGCAUUUCCUGCUGCGCUGGAAAAUUCUCUGCGACAACGGGAGUGGCCAAAUUUAAGAUCGCAGAUCUGUACAUACUGAAAUCCCCUGUAUUAUUCAGGCUUUUUGGUUUUAUUUUAGGUGACCUUUCACAGCAGGUGUGAAGCUUCAUACAGCCUGCCCACUCACUGUCACCUGUUUAAACUAUAUGCACCAAUGCACCAAUCUUUUCCAUUCCAUUCCAUUACACCAAUCUUUUCCAUUCCAUUCCAUUACACCCUGUGCACCUAUGGUUAGUCCACAUUCCUAUAAUGUAAUUUUCCUCUACCACUACCAGGAACUGAAACAUUUCAUGGCCGUAUGACCUGCUUAACGUACUGGGAAUGUAAUCACUCUUACAGCAAAUAUUUGAAGCACUCCUAGUCGUUUACUAGCUGCCUUACAAUGACGCCAGAGAGCUGUUUCCAUCUGCUAUAGCUAAUAGAAUGUAUUGUACACACCACAAUGUCCACACACUCCUGUUUGCUUGGACACUUCCUUUGAAGAAGACAGGCCAGAUCUAACACAGAACAUACAUUUUGGCAUGCGAGACCAUAACUUAUCAUUUAAGUAUCUGUGAUUAGCUAUAUUCCCAUUUGUCCCCUUUUUUUAGUUUGCCCUUUUGCUCUUCUGUUUCUUAAACAUGUUACUGUUCCUUCAGUUGUCUUUUGUUUCUUUUUAGUAAAAUGUUUGUUUGAUCUGAUGUCUUUUCUGUGAUCAAGUCCAAGUGUUUUCAGACAGGACCUAGGCUGCUGCAUGUGCUACUGGCAGGAGUUGGACAGACUAUUCUGUCCACUGAAAAGCCUCUUUAAAAGAACAAUUGUAAUCCAAAGUUUUAAUGGCUGUAUGUAUAUUUAUUUAUUUAUUUUAGUACCAAAGGAAACAAGUAUAUGCAUGCAUUUCUGAAUUGAGCCCAACCCUGGUUUGUACCAUUGCUGCUGUGGCAUGUCUUGUUUUGACCCUUUUCUGCCUUUACUGUCAAUGUAUUUAUUGCCUGUUUACAAGUCAUGCUGAAUGAAUGAAAAUAUGUAGGAUGUAAUAAAAAAAAGUGUGCUUUAUUUGGACACAAUCCGGUCA